GGAAUUGGAACGGAGGCGCAGGAUGAUAGUAAAAGUGGCGAAACCGGUGCACGAGGUUAGUCGUCGAAAGCUGCUAUUGCAAGCAGGCGGCCGUGCAAGUCAGGUGCAGAGUGGAGGGAUCGGCGGUUUGGCUUCUUGCUACUGUUGCAUCGCGUUCUGUGUUUUUCCGUUGCACCACGUUCGGUGCGAAACUUGCCGAAACACGCUAACACAGCCCAGCAUUCAGUGGAGGCAGGCGAACAGGUACAGCCAUGCACAAAGCAGAAAAUCGAUUCCCAGAGUGUCCGGAUUCGCGACGGAUUUCGGCAGCUCGCCAGCCGGCAGUUGGGCCAGACGACGAACAGGAAAUGAACAGGUGAUAAAUAUGCUCGCUAAUGUGUCUUCUUGCUGUUCCCGAAUGCAUCCUCCAGUUUUCUGAUGUCAAGUUUUGGGCAUUGUUUUAGGCGUG